UUGGUCAUACUCGUUGUAACAGCUGACUGUAUCAGAAAAGAGCCAUUUUUUAAUUUUUGAUUUGUUUUUCCAUCGAUAUCUGAAAUGAGCAAGCGACGCAACAAGGAGCGCGAACGCCUCUGUGACGAGGCGGACAGUAAAAUGGGCGAACGCAACUUACUCAAAGUGAAGAAAACCAAGCAAAGGGCGGCCCGCGACUCCUCCAGUUCAUCAGAUUCCUCCAAAGAAAGCAAAAAAUUGAGUCACAGCAUCCUGUCGCCUAAUAAGAAGCAGCUGCGGUCCGGUAGGCGGCCGAGGGACUCCCCUGAUCCGCAGGAGAAACGUCCCAAACAGUUAGCAAAGCCGACGGAGGACGUACAUGAACAGCGCUCUAAGUGGGACAGUCCGGAACGCAGCAGCUCCCAUCGCAACAGUAUCAGGCAGCGCCGGAAAAGCUGGAGUCGCUCAAGGGACCGAAGCGAGCGGGAGCGGGAUAGGGAGGUUGAGCGAAACCGUGAGCGGGAAUAUAACAUGCAGUCCAGCAAGGAGCGCUGGCAGCGAUCGCCUGCUCAGCGGCAUCGUUCAAAAAGCAGCGAGCGCAAAAAUCGGGAGCGUGAUCGCCAGCGGAGGUCUCCAGAAAGGCGGCCAGUUCGCCAUAGUCAAAGUCCACGAGUUCGGGGCCACCACGGCGGGCGAGAUAUUGGCCAGAGACGCCAGCGAAAUCAGCGUCACGACAAUCGCAACAAGAAUGAGGAUGAUCACUAUGAUUGGGGAAAGGAAGUCGAUGAAAAAGUGCCGGCCGAAAAUGACGUGCCGGUGGACAAGGAAAAGCCCAACUUCGGAUUAAGUGGUGCGCUAACAGAGGACACCAAUAAGUUAAACGGUGUGGUUGUUAAAUACUCGGAGCCUCCGGAGGCGCGCAAGCCUAAACGUCGUUGGAGAUUGUAUCCGUUCAAGGGCGAAACAGCAUUGCCCACGCUGCACAUUCAUCGGCAGAGUUGCUUUCUGGUUGGACGCGAUCGAAAAGUGGUCGAUCUAGCAGUGGAUCAUCCUAGUUGCUCUAAACAACACGCCGCCCUUCAAUAUCGUCUGGUGCCCUUCGAACGGGAAGAUGGUAGUCACGGGAAACGCGUGCGAUUGUACCUUAUCGAUCUGGAUUCAGCCAACGGAACGUUUCUUAACAACAAGAAGAUUGAUGCCCGGAAGUACUACGAGCUAAUGGAGAAGGACGUCAUUAAAUUCGGAUUCAGUUCCCGCGAAUAUGUUUUGCUCCACGAAAACAGUAAAGAGGACCAGGAGGACGAUGAUGUGCAUAUCAAGGAUGAGCCGCAGGAUGCGCCUGGGGGAGUGGCGAAUCCCUAGAAGACAUAUGUCAUUAUGGCUUAACAUGUUCAUUUAUUAAGUUUACAGCAAACCUAACUUAAUGUAUCGCGUUUUUUACCCCAAACCUUCAGCGAAAGUUAUGUAAAAAAUCUUCUACAGAACACGGCUGAGUGUUCACUGCCAACACAAUAAUAAAUUCUCACAUAUAA